AUGGCGGCUGUCGCAAGUAGACACGAAGACCCUUCAGGAUCAUCUUCGAGGCAACCUACAAUAAGUAGAAAGAAGACGAGUGGAUCAAGCUCAAAAGAUGAUGCGAAGAUGAUCGGUCAAUGGCGGAUAGGAAGGACAAUCGGUAAAGGAAGUUCAGGUCGAGUGAAGAUUGCCAAACAUUCAGUAACGGGGAAAUAUGCAGCUAUCAAGAUUGUACCUAAAGGUUUAAUAUUGACCUCGAGAAUGUCAAUGUCCGAAGCUGGUGCAAGAGCAGAUAAAGUUUUAUUAGGUAUCGAAAGGGAAAUCGUCAUUAUGAAAUUGAUUGAUCAUCCUAAUGUAUUAAACCUGUAUGAUGUAUGGGAAACAAGUUCUGAAUUAUACCUCAUCAUGGAAUAUGUACCUGGAGGGGAAUUAUUCGAUUAUUUAGUUAAAAGAGGUAGAUUACCUAUUUCAGAAGCAUUGCAUUAUUUUCAACAAAUCAUUUUAGCAGUAGAUUACUGUCAUAGAUUUAAUAUCUGUCAUCGUGAUUUGAAACCUGAAAACUUACUAUUGGAUAAAGAUAAGAAUAUUAAAGUAGCAGACUUCGGUAUGGCAGCUUGGGAAGCAGGUGAAAGAAUGUUGGAAACUUCUUGUGGAUCGCCUCAUUACGCCAGUCCUGAAAUCGUUGCUGGAAAAGCAUAUCAUGGUUCUUCGAGUGAUAUUUGGUCUUGUGGAAUCAUCUUAUUCGCUUUAUUGACUGGUAGAUUACCUUUUGAUGAUGAUAACAUUCGAUCGUUAUUACAAAAAGUUAAAAUCGGUGUAUUCGAAAUGCCUGAUGAGAUCAAAGAUCCAGCAAGGAACUUACUUAGUAGAAUGCUGGAAAAGGAUCCAGAGAGGAGAAUCACCAUGCCUGAUAUCCUUCAACAUCCCUUUUUCGUUUCAAGACCUGUUCGACCCAUCCCUGGCAGAUCACUUGUAUCUCCUCCUUCUUUGAACGAAGUGGAAAGACCAGUAAACUCACCUGACGAAAUCGAUGCCGAUAUCAUGGGUAAUUUAAAAACCCUCUGGUCAGGUGCAACAGACGAUGAAAUCAUCACUGCACUCAUGAGCAGAGAGAAAACUUGGGAAAAGGCAAUUUACCAUUUAUUGAUCAAGUACCGUAAUAAACAUCUCGAAAAUUACAAUAUGGAUGACGAGGAAGAUGUUGAGGCAAGAGCACGUCGACAUGCUCGAAAGGCACAAGUUGGAUCACCAGCCAAGAGAAAAGGUGGUCCACCUACGCAAGUAUCCAACAAACCUAAACUCGCACCUUUGGGUGAGAACGAUACGAUUGAGAAUACACCUGUUAUACGACCUCAAGCGCCUACACCUAAAAAGGCUUUGGGCCAAUCAAACGUUGCUGAGGAUUCACCUGUGUCUCAAAAGAUUAAUGGUAAAUUAGCACCUGUUCGAUCACCUAUUGGACCUAGACCACCUUUAUCCAACAGAGCUUCUUCAAACGACUCAAGCAGUGUACAUCAAACGCCUGCAAUCGUAUUGCAAGAAGCUACACCAACGAAGGAUAUGCCACCACCUGAUUUCGUUCCUUCAUCUUCUAAUCGACCUAGAUCAGAAAUCCUUUCUUCUCCUACUUUACCUGGGCCUGAAACUCCUCAAUUACCACCAAUAAACGCUCCAACAAUAGCUAAUCAAACAUUGCAACAUUUCUUCAAUGAAGUUGCUGCUCAAUUAAACACGAUGAACAUUCGUUCAUCUGUAGCAUCAAAUUCUUCGACUACCAGUUCAGCAAUUUUGGGUACGGAUUACCAAUCAUAUUUAGCUUUUGCUGGUGGUGCCACACCCAAUAGUAAUGGAAUGGCAUUGCCUCCAAUGGAAGAAGGCGCUGAACAAUUUGCAGAUGCAGAUGAUGAUGAGACUGAAGCGGACGUAGCUUCUAUUCAUUCAAAUUUCACCGCCUCAGGUUUAGGAGGUCCAACUUCUCCUUUAGUAGGUUUAGGUCUAGGUGGUCCACCACCACCUUCGCAUGGUGGCAGACCUGGUCUUUACCCUUUGGUUACACCAGGAAACAACAACACUCAAAGAUGGUCUUAUGCUUCUUCGACUGGAUCUUCUCAUCGUGGAACAUCGGGUGGAUCUUACGUUCCUGUUGAAUCACCUCAGAUAUAUUCACCAAACCCUAGCAUCAACGUGAAUCUUUGGGAUAAUCAAUUGCCUCAUCCUGUUCAAGCACCUCAACCUAUCUUUCAAGCCGAACGACCUGCACCUAUACCUCCUCCCAGAGCUAAUCGACCAACUCCGAUAACGAGGACGACUGUUCCUUCCACUCCUGCUCCUCAAACGACAGAAAGUCUGUUACCUAGAGAUGCAUCAUAUGUCAUCAUCGAUGGUUCCGAUAUGGCAUCUGAUCCUUCAAUAUCUUCAUGGUCAACUAAAUCUUCUGGGUUCAGAGCUCAUAGAGGAUCAGACGGAUUUGGUAUGUUGAAAAAGAAGUCUAAAACAGUGUCGAUCGAUCCCGUUCCUUUCGGUGGUAACAAUGAUUUACUGGGUCCGGCAUCAGCAACACCUUCAUUCGCUUCAACCAGUGGCGGCAGUAUGAAUGGAAUUUCACCAAAACGAUCGUGGUUUAACAACUUGUUCUCCUUCAAAGCUCCUGCUUGUACACUCUUGGCUCACGAUAACAUCUCUUCCACUCGUGACAGGGUUAGAAAGAUCUUGACUGAUCAAGGUGUAAGAGUCGCGUUGGUUGAAAUGGAUGGUAUAAGGGGAUUAAAAUGUCGUUUGGACGAAAUACGUGAUCCUGUUAAUGGCAAUCAAAGUGUAGUGAAAGGUGUUAGGUUCAAGAUUGAAUUUUCAAGAGCAAAUCAAGGUGCCGGCCAAAGUUAUAAUACUUUAGUCACUUUGACCUUGGAGAAAGGUGCUCAAUCUUCUUUCAGGAGUGUCUUUGGGAAUUUGAAACAACACAUUGAAAGCUCUAAUCCAAUAAGACCGACUUCUACAUAUGUGAAUAGAUCACCUAUUCAACCUUCAAGUGCAACUAUACCAUCACAUCCUCAACCAUUACUUUCUGCACCUCCAGUAAGAUGGACUUCAAGUGCACCUACCACUCCUGUCGUACAAUCUUCACCUAGGUUCGGUGAUCAAAGAACAAACUUACCUACUACUCCGCAAAGUGUACAAAUCCCUUCUUCCAUAAGGUUCUAA